AUGGCAUCUCAGUGCCCUCAUUCGGCAUCCCAAGAAAAAUUUCCCCAAAAGACGGAGAGCCCGUCCCAAGACUCCGACUCUAUCGUGUCUAUUUCUACAGUAGACACGAAGACCGACCAUGAUGCAUUGGGAAAGGCGUUAACGGCUCGCGCCUCGCGAAGCUCUCACAUGUCACUGUCGGGACGGAUAACGACCGUCGCAACUAAUGCCACCACCGACCCCGACUAUGAGGUCGAUUGGGAUGGCGAGGAUGACCCACAGAACCCCAAAAACUGGAAUUUCGGAUACAAGUCCAUGUGCAUCUUGUUUCUGUCAUGGAACACCCUCAUCGUUGUGCUGUAUUCAACAUCUUAUACAUCAGGUACCGCAUUGAUUGCUGAGGAGUUCGGUCAGCCCAAGACCAUCGUCACCCUCGGCCUGACCUUCUACCUCUUCGGUCUUGCCAUUGGAUCCAUGUUCAUGGCCCCGUUGAGCGAAGUCUACGGAAGGAAACCCGUCUGUGUGAUCUGUCUUGCCGUGUUCACCGUCUUGAUCAUUCCCUGCGCGCUAGCUAAAUCUGUUACGACACUGAUCGUAGUUCGCACUAUUGCUGCUUUCUUUGGUAGUGUCAUGAUCUCCGCGGCGCCUGGUAUGGUGGCUGAUCUGGUGGAUGAUGAGCACCGUGCACUUGCGAUCUCUGUUUGGAGUAUCGGGCCGCUAAAUGGACCGGUCGUUGGUCCUGUUAUCGGAGGCUUCGUCACUCAAUAUCUUGGCUGGCGCUGGAUGUGCUGGAUCACGCUCAUUCUCUCCGCUAUUGCAUUGGGAUUCGCGAUCAUACUGAAGGAAACAUAUGCCCCAGUACUGCUCCAACAGAAAGCAACCAGACUUCGCAAGGAGAGCGGCGAGCUCCGCUGGUGGAGUCGCUAUGAUCAGAAGGAGAACCUUUCUGAGAUCCUCAAGUUGAACCUCAGUCGUCCAUUUGUGAUGGCAGUUACCGAGCCAAUCUGUAUCUUCUGGGACAUCUACAUCGCAAUCAUCUACGGCAUUCUGUACCUCUGUUUCAUCGCCUACCCAAUCGUCUUCCAAGACAUCCGCGGCUGGGGCCUAGGCCUGUCAGGUCUAGCCUUCCUCGGCAUCGGCAUUGGUGUCUUACUCACAAUUGCCUGCGAGCCUCUAAUCCGGCGGCUCAUCAACAGCCACGCUAAAGACCCCGAAACCGGCAAGCCACCCCCGGAAGCAAUGGUCUCAUUCGUAUGCAUCUGCGCAGCAGUCAUUCCGAUCGGCGAACUCUGGUUUGCAUGGACCUGUUCUCCAGCUUCAAUCCACUGGAUUGCACCCUUGCUAGCGGGCAUCCCGUUCGGCGCAGGUAAUACUGGCGUCUUCAUCUAUGCGUCCAACUACCUCACCCACAGCUACGGUAUGUAUGCUGCUUCUGCUCUGGCCGGUAAUUCCGUUAUUCGGAGUGUCCUUGGUGGUGUGCUACCACUUGCUGGCUCUUAUAUGUAUGCUAGUCUGGGGCCUAAUUGGUCGGGUACCUUGCUGGGGUUGUUGGAGGUUCUUAUUGUGCCGAUUCCAUUUGUGUUUUACAAGUAUGGACAUAAGAUCCGUAUGAGGAGUCCUCUUAUUAUGCGCAUGCAGGAGGAGAAGAGGAAGUUGGAGGGGAAGCGGGCUAGGAGGCAGCUUCAGCUUCAGCAGGCGAGCCAGUCGGAUGAGGAGAAGGCUGAAGAGGUUGCUUAG